GAGCAGCGCUGCUCCAGAUUUGUUUUUUCCCCAUUAUAUAAUUUAUAUGACGUGACCAAAAGACCAGUGUAGGUUGGGCAAGUAGGUUUUUGUCAGUUGGGGGCAUGUGUAGUUUUAGAAGGCCUUUGUGCAUUUUUUAUUUUAUGCAGAAACUGGGGCAAAUCUUUGAUUUCAAUGUCGGUCGCUUUUGUAUCAGGUCCCAGUAAACUCACUCAAGGCCAAGUCGGAGAUACUACUCGUUCCAAAAUAACAAAACACGGAGGAAGCAGUGACCAGCGCAGAUUAGAUUGUGGGAGGGAAGAUUACCUAAGUGAUGUGUCGAUUGUUCUGCCGGUCCACAAUGCUGAGAGGUGGUUGGAUCAGUGCCUUGAGUCGGUUUUGGACCAGGAUUUCCAGGGAUCGAUGCAGUUGUCCGUCUUCAACGAUGCCAGCAAGGACAACUCGAUGAGUAUUCUAGAAAAAUGGCAAACAAAACUGGUAAAGAAAGGAAUACAUGUUAUCAUUGGUGGACAAGAAUCUGCAUGCCCAAAAGGAGUUGGUUUCGCCAAGAAUCAGGCCAUUGCACAAAGUUUUGGAAGAUUCCUUUGCUUUUUGGAUGCAGAUGAUGUUAUGAUGCCACAGAGGGUGAGAGUACAGUAUGAUGCAGCCCUAGCGCUCCCUCAAUGUGUAAUUGGUUGCCAAGUUAAGAGAGAACCAGAGGGCUCAACUAAGCGAUAUACACAAUGGAUUAACAGCCUGACCCAGGAGCAGCUGCUGACUCAGGUCUUCACCUCUCAUGGCCCCACCAUCAUCAUGCCAACAUGGUUCUGCUCUCGACAAUGGUUGGACUCCGUUGGGAAGUUUGACGAAAGUGGGAAAGGUGUCCCGGAGGAUUUGCUGUUCUUCUAUGAAGUUAUUCGCAAGGGAGGAGGCAUGUCUCGAGUGGAUCGCUGCCUGCUGGUCUAUCGUUACCACUCAGAGGCUGCAACACAUGCCGUUUUAGAGGAGACUAUUUGGAAGGAACGUGUGGGGUUUCUGGAGGAGCGAGUUUUAAACAAUUGGCCUUCAUUUACCAUUUGGAAUGCUGGGAAACAGGGGAGGAAGUUGUACAGAUGUCUGUCAGCUGCCAAUCAGAAAAAGGUUGUCUCUUUUUGUGACGUGGAUCAAAGUAAGAUAACAAAGGGAUUCUAUACGUAUGAAGAAUCGAAGAUCGAACCAAAGCCCCAAAUUCCCAUUUGCCAUUUCAUGGAAGCCAGACCUCCUUUCAUCAUCUGUGUGAAACUGGACCUGACAGGUGGCGGUUUUGAAGAGAACUUGAACUCACUGAAGCUGAAAGAAGGUGUGGACUAUUAUCACUUCAGCUGAGAAACUCAGGCUAAUAUCCACGGCUGAUUUGCACGGUGCCCCGUAAGAACAUAUGGACUUAAGGACUACAAGCGGGAGAAGGCUGUAUGGCCCUUCACACCUGCUCCACUCAGUAAGACCAUCCAUGCCUUAAAGCCAUUUUCCUGCACAGAAGAUAGAAAAUAAUAGUGUUCCUGUAUGAUUUAUGUAUAAUAUUGAGGAAACCUGAAUAUUUGUCCGUUUUUAAGAAUCGUACAGUGCAGAAACAAGCCUUUCAGCCCAUCCAGUCCACACUGCCCAUCAAGUACCCAUUUACACCGGUUACUGUGCAACUCAAUGGCUCAUAGCAACUAGUAGAGUUACUGCCACACAUCCUGCCUGUGUGACUGUGUUCUCUCUGUGUUCUCUCCUGUGGAUCUUCUAGGUGCUCACAGGUUGUAUUCUGUGCAGAUCUCAAUGUAAGACUGUUUUAAUAUAACAUGAAAACACAGUGGCUGGGAGGCAGGGGCUGACCAAAGGUACCUUAUUAUUCAGCAACGCAACUGUGGACUGUAAACAGUAUCCACUCAUGAAACUCAUUGCAAGUGGUAGACCAUGUUCUGCCAGGAAUAUACCAGAACUGAUGUCAAGUUCUUAAGCUGUACUGAAAGAAGGAUGCCCACAGUAUUAACAAGUAAAUUUACUCGUAAAAUGAGGCUUUAUAAGGCACCGGUCACACUGCAGUUGGGGUUUUGUGAGCAGUUUUGGGCACCAUAUCUGAGGAAGGAUGUG